GCUUCAUGUAUAAAUGUAUAAACUCAUCCAGCGCUCUCUCUCUUUAAUCUUUGCAGAACCAUAAACCAGUAGAGAGAGAGAGAGAGAGAUCAACAAGGCUCGAAGAGAAGACAUGGAAGGGGCGUCCAUGGGUGCGUUCAAGGGCCUGAGGGGAUACUGGAGGAGGAGGAGCUACCGGAGGUUGGGCGUGGGGUCGGGCAUCCGGCGCUGCAUGCCCGUUGUGGAGCUGGGCUCAACCCGGCGGAGGCGGCGCUGGUCCUGGCGGAUCAAGAUCUCGCCCAAGCUCGCCUGCCUCAGGUCGCCCAAGAAGUUCCUGAUCUGGCUCCGCGACGGCUACGUGAACAUGAUGCUGCGCUUGGCUGACUCGCGAGUGGGCUACGCAUACGGUGCUGACGUCGGGCUGAGCGGGUUCGGGAGCCGACCGCUGAAGGAGUACGACCAGAAGGUGAUCGUGGAGGUGUACAGGGCCCUGAUGGCGGCGCAGGCGAAGGCCAUGACCACAACCAGAGUCGCACCGAGUCUGUUCCCGCUGGCCACAAUCAGCGAAAUCAUGUAAGGGAGGAUUCCUCGGCCGAUGGGGGAAGCCGGAAAUAAAGGAGGUGCGGCGAGAGGUGUCGCCGGAGAUGGGCAUCCGGACAAGGAAAGGGUUCCAACUCUUAUGUUUUUUUUUCCCUUUCUUUUUCCUUUUUUGGUUUCUAAUUCCUAUUGUGUAAAUUUGCCCUUGUACCGCAAUUGUCUGGCGAAAUAAAAGACAACGUCACAUGCAACUAUAAACUUUCUUAAGCAAAAAAGUGCAGGAAAAAGAGGAAAUGUAACUGGAGUUGUCGUUACAUUCUUCGCUUUGAGAAUAGGAUCGUGUCUCU